GGUUUCCCGCCUUAUGACACCGAGUUCAAAUUCACAAACGUAAACAAAGCUCCGGUUAAACACCGAGAUUACCGGGAUUAAACACCGAGAUUACCGGGAUUAAACACCGAGAUUAACGGGGUUCAACGACAGUAUUUAAAGUUAUGAACAUGGAGUUCGACGGGACUUUCUUAAUCCAAAGUAAAGUCGAUGUGGAGACGGACACGAAGCUCCAGCUCACCCAGCCGGCGACUCUCCACUGCUGGCAGUGCAGCAGGAUCCUCGGGGACUCGCUCGGCGUCUGUGGGGAGAUGAAGCAGCUGGACUCGAUCAUAUGUCUGAAAGUAACCUAUGAUGUGGCCGUCAGCGAGGCAACAACGGUAUCGAGAGGGGGGGCGAUGGCUAAUUGCGUCUACAGCCCUCUUAAAUGCCGCCGCUGCCACUCAGCUCUGGGGAGAUUUAUCCGCGCGGCCCCGUCACACCUGGCUGCGAUUCGCAACAUGUUUCUCCUCUACAAACCAAACAUCGGCUGCUACAUCCUCAAGAGCAGCUCAGUGGUGACAGCACGUGCAGUCACAUUUGAUACGAAGACCUGCAAAGAAAGCAUGGAUGAGUUUAAACAGCUGCUCAAUGCCCUGUUGCAGCGGCUCGUGCGCAUUGAGAGCAGACUGACUGACAGCAGCAGCAGCACCACCAUCAGCAGCAGCAGCAGCAGCAGCAAGAGCAACAUCAGCAGCAGCAACAUCAGCAGCAGCUCUGAGGAAAUCGACAAGUAGAAGACCGGACCGUUCUUCAAUCACUGUUUAAGACUUGUUGUUUUUCCAUGUUACACGUUUGGUGAAAUAUUUAUUCAGCCUGUAAACAUAUGUAAACAUUAUGUCACUCACACUGUAAAUAAACAUCAACACAGCAUUCCAAUUGGCACCAUGCUGCAUUUUAUUGCUGAAUUUCUGAUACAGAUUCUUUUUUUUUUCUUUAGUUAAUACAAAACCAGACAAGAGGCUCACACGUAAUAAGCAUGCCCACUUCCUCCCUCUGGAGUGCAUAGUUUCUACACAGUCCACCUCCUCAGUGGAAAAGUUGAUCAAAGUAAUGUCAUUAAUCAUCUUACCUAAGCGUUUGUUGUAUUUCUUUUUUCUUUUUUAAAAUGGGAACAAAGGUUGGAUGGUGUUUUUUCAGCUGCACUGUGGCUGUACGGCCGUGGUCAGAGAGCGAGAGCAGAAACACCCCACACUCUCCGUUCACUUCUUUUUGGUGCAGUUUGGUCUGUAAAGACAGCUGAUGAUGAUCGAAGCUACUUCAACAUGCUUGCUGUUGUGUGAAACAACCGUUCCCCCCCAAAACCCGGUCACAGAACACCUGACAUGAACACUUCAUUAGCCUAAUUAACACUCAUUCACAUUACAAAGUUGGAUUAUUGCAUGCAAUACAAAUCAUUCAUUAUUCUGCUAAAGUCAUGCAUAUUUUUUUUUAAAACCAUAUAAUUCAUGUGGCUAGACGCCUACUUGCUUAUAAAGUGUGAUUAUAAAUCCCCACAGAGCCGUACGGGGUUUUUAGAACACGGUAUUCAAAGACAGGAUGGUGGUGGUGACGGUGCAAGUCAGUACAUGGAGAGAAAGUGCUUUUCAAACAAGUGUCAAGUUCCUUCAGUAAGUCCUUUGCAGCCACAGAGUUACUGAAAGUCGAGAUUUCUUAAGGGCGGGGUGGGCGUCGAUGUAAAAAUGCUACAGGAACUGAUAUUUAAAGCAUCUCUCAUGUACCCAUCGCUUUGAGUUAUUGUUUUUUUGGUGUACAAGGCUGGGAAAAUAUCAUUUGUCAGUGUAAUAACUGAUGCUACAGCUGUCCUCACGUAUACCUUAUUCUGCCCCGACCCUCAGAAGUGAUACUGUAUUCUAAAUCACUCCAGAAAAACUAAAAAGUGACUAAUAGAUAGCUACCGUAGGCUAAAACAGAGGGAGGGAGAUCCUUUCCACGUGACGUCACAGACCCCUUUUUCAAACAUUUACACCCUGGCACUAAACUCAUGCAUUAUUGUAGGUUAUUGCUUCUAAAAACUCUAAUCAAAUACAAUUUUAUGGAUUAAAAUAUAUCGCUCUGAAUCCCAAAAAACUAUGAGGUAUUAUGUACAAUACAAUGUCAUGGUGAGAUCUUAAUUCUAGAGACUAAAAGACGCUACGUCAGGAUCCCGAGCAGUUCUACCCAAACCUAAAGGAUUCAAAGUACUAACUAAAGUUUCUAUCUUUGUCACAUCUGAGACUUUUUUGGGAGCUUUUUUUUUUUUGGGCUGUUGCAUAAUAACUACCUAAUUUCUUUUGAUGCUUGUGAGUCUCUGAAUACAAUUUAGGACAUCCUAAGAAACAGUUUCACUCACUUAUAUUGAGCGCAUACGACAAUAUAAAACCACUGGAAUCAAUAUUUAACUGCAUACCCUGAUUGUGUCACACAUUAACUGGUAUUUUUAAAAUCAUGCAAUUUAUUCUACAAAAAAAAAAAGGAGAUCUCGUAUUAGUCUUAAGAUUUUCGGGCUAAAGCUGUGUCUAAACGUGGUGCGUUUUAAAGGCGCAGUACGUCAAUCUAUCGCCCUUUGAGAUGAAGUCUCCACAGCUUUAAGUCUAGAAAUCGAUUUCACUAUUCUUCAUGAAGCAAGCAUCACUACUGGAUCAUGCAUGGCUACUAUUUAUGUUGGCACCACGAGUCCCGCUAAAUAAGCUUAAUGCAACAUGAGUCUAUACAUAUCUUAAUGGAAGACAUUGGUGAUUUUGUUGCUUUCAAACAACUUGUCACUUGUUUAUACAAUAUACAGUUUGGUCAACAACAUGACAGUUAGGAUCAAAUAUUGCACAAAUCCCGUUAAAUGUGAUUUUUUUUCUUCUUCUCAUCUCAUAUAAAUCAUUUAAAAGAAAAGAAAUAAGACCAGGGGUUUCAUUCAGGUUAGGACAAAUCCUCUGAGGGAGAGGGAGAGACGACGCGAGAUGUUUUUUUAAAGAUUAUUUUGUCUCGCGGUUUACGGCACGAAAAGGAAUCAAACGUGCGUCUGUGCUGUUUGUACGUCUCUUACACAAAAGCUUGUUUUAAGCGGGGGAAGAACAAAAACGGGAGCAGGUUAGCACAUU